AUGUCAAAACUUGAGAGUUGUCAUCUAAUGUCAAUUUCAAAUUUCUUUUAUAAGAUAACAGAUUUAAUCAACAUGGAAAUGGUUUGUAAAAAGUUUAAAGGCUUCAUGGAUUUGUUUGAUUACAACCCAAUUUCAUUGACUACCAAAACCAUUAACUAUUUCCCAAAUGUAAAAAACUAUAUUUGUUUGAAGGCGAUGAUGAAGAGUUUGAGAGUCUUUGAAGAGGUCAUAGUGUGGUAUUGUGUUAGAUAUGAUACUGUUCAUGAAUACAAUGAUCCAACCAUCAAAUUCAAACAUGUAAGAUUUACUGAUGGUGAUAGAAAAAUUUAUGGUAUUACCAUCCCAACUUGUGUCGAAAAAAUUGGUUGUGAUUGUUUUAACGAUUGCGAUGAUUUGGUUGAUCUUGAUAUACCACAAAAUGUGAAAAUUGUUGGCGACAAAAGUUUUGGCAAUUGUAUCCAUUUGCACAAUGUGACUAUUCCAUCAAGUAUUAGAAAACUUGAUAGCCUGUGUUUCUGCUGGUGCAGAAAUUUAAGAAAUGUUGAUAUCUCAUAUGGUAUAACUCGUAUUUUUGAUAAUUGUUUUGUAGGGUGUGACAGUUUAAGUAGUAUAGUUCUCCCAUCAAGUGUUCAAUAUAUUGAUUCAGAGUGUUUUGAUGGAUGUAGUGAAUUAACACAUAUUGAAAUACCGUCAAGUGUUAAACAAUUUGGUGAUGGUUGUUUUGAGAAAUGUUACAGUCUAACUUCGGUGGAAUUCCCAGCAAGUAUUCAUUCAAUUGGUAGUUGUUGUUUUAGUGGUUGUAGCAAAUUGAGCAGUGUUACAAUACCGGAAAGUGUCAAUUCAAUUCAGGCAUUCUGUUUUAAAGACUGCAACAAUCUCACCGAUGUGAAAAUACCAUCAAAUGUAACAUUAUUUGAUUAUGGUAGUUUUUAUGGUUGUAACGAUUUGAGCAGUAUAUUAAUACCCAAAAGAGUCAAUUCAUUCAGCGAUUAUUGUUUCGAUAAUUGUUUCGAUAAUUGUUGCAGUCUGAGCAGUAUAACAAUACCGAAAAGUGUCAAUUCAUUUGGCAAAUAUUGUUUCAAUAAUUGUAGAAGUUUAAGCGAUUUAAUAAUAGACCGUAACGUUGAAUCAAUUGGUGAUUAUUGUUUUGAUAACUGUAUUAGUUUGAGCUAUUUGGAAGUACCAUAUUUAACAUCAAUUGGUAAGAACUGUUUUCCAUCAUACAUAACAGUCCAUUACAAUUAUUUCAAUUUUAAUUGA